GCUCUAGAGACUGAAGCAUAGGCGAAGGAGGUGGCGGGACAGGCAGCUGCAGCAGCAGCAGCAGCAGCAGCAGCAGGGCCGGAGGCAAGUGGCAGCCCAGGAUAGAGUAGCCGGAACGGCAGCUGCCCUAAUCUCCUGGAGUGGUUGAGAGCAGCGCUUAAGAGGAGGACGUGGAAGAAAAAGACUGAAGACCUCACGCAGAAAGAGAGAGACCCGCACUUUUUGCCAGCCAGCCAGGGAGCGGAGGGCACAGAGAAAGUACGAAAGAGGUUAAUUGGCCGCAGUUCAGGAAGAGAAGCCCCUUGCCCACCUCUGCAUCUCCAAUUACCAACGACUCCUCCGCACUUUGUGCCAGGGUUUCUCUCCUUCGCUUUUGAGUUCACACACUCAUAGCUCUUCGGACCAGGAGGCUGCGACUGAACCCAGGACAGAACCUGGCAUUCACUGGGCAUUUCGCAACGAAGGGAAAACGGCUCUUUACCAUGGCUGAUGACGAAAGUGGCAAAAGCACCCGCAUCUGUACUGGUAGCGUCAGCGAUUGGUGCGGUUGCAGCUGCAACAACAGCAGCUUCGGUGGGAAUAACUGCUGUGUUAGCUGCUGUGAGAACCCCACCAUGCAUUGUAACGUCCUGAGCUGGGAGCAAGUGCAGCGGCUAGACGACAUCUUGAGCGAGACGAUCCCCAUCCACGGCCGGGGCAACUUUCCCACUCUGGAGAUGCAGCCCCGUCAAAUCGUGAAGGUGGUGAGGAGCCGCCUGGAGGAAAAGCGCAUUGGGGUCCGGGACGUGCGGCUCAAUGGCUCCGCUGCCAGCCACGUCCUGCACCAGGACAGUGGCCUGGGCUACAAGGACCUGGACCUCAUCUUCUGCGCGGAUCUCCAGGGGGAAGAGGAGUUUCAGACUGUCAAAGACGUGGUCCUGGACUGCCUUUUGGAUUUCUUGCCCGAAGGAGUGAAUAAGGAGAAGAUCACGCCGCUGACUCUUAAGGAGGCUUAUGUGCAGAAAAUGGUAAAAGUAUGCAAUGAUUCAGACCGAUGGAGUCUCAUCUCCCUGUCAAACAACAGUGGCAAAAAUGUGGAACUGAAAUUUGUGGAUUCCCUGCGACGCCAGUUUGAGUUCAGUGUAGACUCUUUCCAAAUCAAGUUAGACUCUCUCCUCCUUUUUUAUGAAUGCUCAGAGAACCCAAUGACUGAAACUUUUCACCCCACUAUAAUUGGGGAGAGUGUCUAUGGUGAUUUUCAAGAAGCCUUUGAUCACCUUUGCAACAAGGUCAUUGCUACCAGAAAUCCAGAAGAAAUCAGAGGAGGAGGGCUUCUUAAAUACUGUAACCUUUUGGUUAGGGGCUUUAGGGCUGCUUCUGAAGCUGAAAUUAAGUCCCUCCAGAGGUAUAUGUGCUCCAGAUUUUUCAUCGACUUCUCAGACAUUGGUGAACAGCAGAGAAAGUUGGAAUCCUACUUGCAGAACCACUUUGUGGGAUUGGAAGACCGCAAGUAUGACUAUCUCAUGACCCUUCACGGUGUGGUGAAUGAAAGUACAGUGUGUUUGAUGGGACACGAGAGAAGACAGACUUUGAAUCUCAUUACCAUGCUGGCUAUCCGGGUGCUGGCUGAGCAAAAUAUUAUCCCCAAUGUGGCCAAUGUCACCUGUUACUACCAGCCAGCCCCUUAUGUAGCAGAUGCCAACUUUAGCAAUUACUAUAUUGCCCAGGUUCAGCCAGUGUUCACUUGCCAGCAGCACACAUACUCUACUUGGUUGCCCUGCAAUUAAGGACCAUUUCUAAAAUGUCCAGUGGGAAUUUUUUUUCCCCUAAGUUAAAAAAAAAAAAAGAGUGACCCUGUUGUAGAAUGGGGUGUGUUUUGUGCAAUGAUGGUCUGCUCCAGUGUUCAAGCUUGACAAAGCUUGUAGGUCUUUUAAUAGAUAUGGGAGCAUGAUCUAGUAAUAAACCAAAAACAAAACAAAAAACAAACAAAAAAAAGAAAAAAAAAAGAAAAAAAUUGGAUUCUACCCUGGAGCACAAGAGGCCUGUCAUUAAAAGCAACCAACUUCUCCUGAAAUAAAAUGGGAAGGAGUGCUUGAUGACAAUAUGGGUUUUGCAGUACCUGCUCCCAUAGCUUUGGCAUAGACAAAGUUGGAAGGCUUUUUCUAGAAUGGUAUUUGAAAAUGGGAAAAUGGGAAAAAAAAAAUCUUACCCAAUUUACUACUAUAUAUUUUGGAGUUUAAUUUUUAAAAUGUAGAGGCAUAAUGCAGCGAAAAGCUGACUCUCAAAUAUGUUGGAAUGGCUGUCUUUGGAGCUUGCAAACAGAUGCCAUCUGUGGAAUGAUCCCAUAGCAUGUAUUGCUUGCUUGAACAGAAUGCUCUAAACUGAACAGCUUGCUCCAAAUGAACAGUAGUAGAUUGGGGUAGUUAUCAUGAAAAACAGCAAACCUUUCCAUGACAAUAAUCCAUUAUUUUCAGCUGAGUGCAGAGUUCACAUUUUAAAAAUGUGAAAAUGCAAACUAAAACAGCUUUAGCAAAGAAAGUAUGCUCAAGGACCAAAGAUUUCACAGACAAAAUACCCAAAUAGAGAACGGGUAGUAUAAUAUUUAAGAAAAAGAAACAACUAUAUUUGUAUACACCAAUAUGAAUCAAAGUGCCUGUUGCCUUCAGAAAAUUUGAAGUAAAACAACAACAACAACAACAACAACAAUGACAACAACAACAACACAAUUUUGUGGUUUAACCAUGUAUUUUGUUUUAUCAGGGACACAAGAAGAAAACAUAACCCAACAUAAGCUUGUGAAUAAAUGGCGGAGGAAAUGCCCUAUUUUUCUUGGCAAAUACUUGUAUAAAGUUAAUAUUAUUGUCAGUGUGAUGUUAUAGUUGCUGUGUGUAUGUGUGUAUAUUAUGUGUGUGUGUAUAUAUGUAUAUGUGAUGUAUGUAUAUAUACACACAAUACAUUGACUAUGAUCUAGGACAAUGUAGCAAUUAGGGAGUGUUUAAAUAAAGUACUGUGUGUUUUCCAGUUUCCAGCAGGAUGUCAUGAGACAUGGGCACAUUGCAGUGAUGAAUUUAUAACGUAUCUAAAUUUCUGAAGUAAAUAAACCCAUUUGGAAAAAAGGUAAACAAUAUGAGAGUAAAAACAGAACACAUGAUUUAGUGAGUUAUCUCUGAGCCAUAGUCUGCCACAAGUAGAAGAAUAUUUGAUUAAUGGUUCCCUCUUAAUGUUGUAUACUAAACUGUCAUUUUGACAGUUCCCAACCCACAAUUUCUUCUUGACUGUGUACCUCUGCAAUGUAUAAAUCAGUGAAACAUGGAUCAAAGAUAGGCUAUUUAAUCCCUGACUGCUAAAAGGAGAUUGUCUUAGUUGAUGAUUGGAACAUUACUUGUUAAUAGUUAAAUUAAUAUUUUUACAGAAUGCACUCUGCAUUCCAGGACCACUAGAAUUUAGUAAAUGUGAAAUGACCCUUUUAAGAGUGUUGCACAAUGGCUUAAAUUUAUAUAUGAAAUAUAUAGAUAUAUAUAAUAUAAAAUUUAUAAAUUCAUGCAAACAUGAAACAUCUCUAAUCUGGGUGUCACACUGCAUUUAAAUGUUCAGUACUGUACUUAAAUUAAAUCACUUUGCAUUAAAACAAUUCACUUUCAUUUCCUUUUUCCUAAGAGACCAAUUGGUUCAACAUUUGUAAAAAGAUCAUGCAUUAUGAUUUCAGCUUAAAUGACAACUGUCCACCCCUCCUCCUUGAAUUCCGCCAAAUUCCGGUCUCUUCAAUGAAAUAAUUAAAAACAAAAAUAAAUUGUAAAAGGUUUUUUUUUUUAAAUAACCAGCAAGAAACAAAACAAACUCAAACCCUAGAGAGACUACUUACUAUGGCAUUUCAUCCUAAGAGCUGACUAAAGUAGCAGUUUUAGCAUUAAGGAAAAUUAAAGGGGAUCAAGGAAGAACACAUCAUCCAGUUGGCAGUGUAUUUUAAUGGUUUUGAUUUGCUUUCUUGGAGUUAAUAAGACAUAUAUGACUGGGUACAUCCAUUUUUACUGCCUUUUGUACUCCUUUCUUUGAAGUUGUAACAGGAACCCGAUUUGUUUACUAUAGCGCCUUCCCUGUGAUUUCUGCAGGAACCAUAAAGCUAUUGCACUGCCAUUCACUCUGUUUACUAGGGAGCCUCUUCUUACUUGCCCCCAUCUUGAUUCCCAUCUUCUCCUCCUCACUUUCCCCUUCCCUUUCUGUCCCGUGAAAAGGCCUUCAAAUUAAUAGUGAAGGGGCAAAGUUUGUUUCCCAGGGCUCCUUCAUUCUUCCACCUCCAGAUCAAACCCAGAACCCACUUGUCAGAAAUUUGCUCACCUUAACCCUUGGGAGGAUUUUCUAGGAUAAAAUCCUGGGAAGCCAGGGGAAAUAGGAGCAGCUGGUGAUUUGGGACAUCCCUUCUUAGCACAACUAUUUGCAGAUGAGUCAUUCACUAUUUUAAAAGAGGAGGGGUGGGGGGCUCUCUCUGUGUGGCAACCACAAAUAUGCUGUUAAUUUAUGACAUAGUCAAUUUGUCUGGAGAAGCCUGAUCUUAAAGUAUAUAUAUAUAUUUUUUUUCCUUUAUUUUCCUUUCACAUUUAUGUCCUUUUCCUGCUUGAUAAAAUGUUGGUUGCUUAGUUUUAAAUGACAGCAUCUUGCCUUCAGGUCCUUUAGCCUGUGCUUCAGACAACCUUCAAGUCUUUGCAUUUGGAAUGAUAUAAUUUAUUUCUAUUAUGUAUAUACUAUAGUCCUCUAUGCAUAUGUAUCUGAACAAAUGGUGGAAUGUAUGUAUGGUCCCCUCCCCCUUUAUAUAAUCUGCUGCAAAUGAUAUUGGAUAUCUGGCUCCAGAAAGAGAACACCCCAUGUGUACCAGGACAUAAUAGGAUCAUUAAGAAUCUAGAGCUCCAAGGGACCUCAGAGACUAUCUAGUUUCAACCCCUUCAGUUUACAGCUGAGGGAACUGAGGCCCAGGAAGAAUCAGUGACUUGCCCAGUGUUACAAGGGUAGUAAACAUCAGACAUGGCAUUUCAACCCAGCUUCUCUGACUUUAGAGCCCUCACUCUUUCCACUGAACCAAGUUGCUGGAUCAUGCUUGUGACUUGCUCUCCUUUGCCUCUAUCUGACUUAGAUUGCUGAGGAGACUUACUCUCCUGGAGGUUCUCCUCAUCGGAUUGGAUAAUCAGAAAAAAAAAUUAAUGAAAAGAGACCAUUUCUUGUUGAGAGUUUUCUCUCACUGGUAAUAAACCCAGCUGCCUCAAGAAUUUUACACUGAGGAUACAUAGAUAUUUGUAUAUGGAAAGAGAUUAUUUUUCUCACAAAACUGAGAUUUAGCACCUGAAAGCUUUGGUUAGAUGAACUAUUUUAAUGUUGCCCUUAAAUGUAAUAAUAGUUGAAGAAAUGUUGCCAUUUUCAAUUAAGCAUGACACGUUUAGAAAAAAAUCAUACAAUUUCUACCAGCCCUUUUUGUUAGCUUAUAUUUAUGUUUGUUGCUUUACAAUGCAUCAAAUCCUUUAAAUGCAUAAAUUGUAAUGACUAUUGUGGAAUAUUGUGUAAAUGAAAUGUAUUCUGUUGAGAGCUCUCAGCAGCUCAAAAAUAAGCUUUUUUUUUUUUCUUGGAAGAUGAAGUGUGUGAGAUGAAACCAAAAGGCAAAAAAAGUGUAAUUCCAUAUCCAGCACCUAUUUCAAUAUAUUCUUUUGAUAAGGUUUCCUUUGAGUGGAGCCCUUUCAGGGUGAAGGAAGGAAAUCUCUGUAAUGUUUUGCUGUUGUAAUAAUGGCUUGCUAACAAAGGAACAGUGAAAGUGAAAUUUUCAAGAUAGUUUGGCUAGGCUGCUGCAGAAUCUUGCAGUAUGGAAGAGAUUGUGCCUAUGGGUUAUCCCUCCAACCCCUACCCUACCAAGGCCUUCUCGAGCAUCCUGUUGCAGCAAACUGAUCCAUGGAUUGCUCUUUUGGAAUAUUUUGACAAUAGGCUCUGUCACAGGCAGAAAGAGAGUUGAUGGAAAACAGACUCAAGAACUGACAUGUUUGCAUCAGUGCUAGAGGGAACAGAUUGUGAAUUUUGUUUACAGCAUCCAAUAUUUGGAUUUUUUUUUGUAAAUAAAAAGAAGUUAUUUUUUUCUA